CGAUUCUCAGCGUCCUUGGAAUCCUCCAUCGGACGUCCCACUCGCGCUUCGGAAACCGUUUCUCUCUUUUGUUUAUCGCGAGUGAACAAGUACCUGGUCGCAAGUUUUCGACCCUUGAUCCGCGCACGGCCGAGAGCAACGGCGCCGGCCGAUUGCAGUAGCAGCCGACCGACAUUCUUUCGCUGCGCCUUUGAAGAAGGAACUUCGCCGCUUGCGCCGCAGCCGCAGGCGAAUCCCGAGGACACGCCAGCGACGUUCACUGCGGCCCGCAACCCCUGAUCAUCACCCUCGUUCUCCGUCACAUUAUCCCCAUCAAUCAAGAUGCCUCAAUACACAUCUCGCGAUGUGGGCGACCCGUCGCAGAUCAAGAAGACCAAGCAGAGCAUGGCCGACCUGAAGCUCCGUAGGCUGACGGAGCUCAACUCGCGGCUACGUGAGGACCUUGAGCGGGAACGCAUUCCCGUGAGCCAGGCUGCCAAGAGCAUCAUCGCGUACUGCAACAGCACCAGGGAUUACAUGGUGCCCAGCGUCUGGGGGCCCGUUCCGAAAGGAGAGGACCCUUACGCGCCACAACAGAGCGGCGGUUGCUGUAUUGUCAUGUAGGGCUUUUGACGACAGCUUAGCCCGAGUUGGAAGCGAAGGGUCAGCUCUCGGCGUUCGGUUCACACUGUCGGAUUGGACAUUGAAUGUCUCCUUUGCAGCGUGCCCGCAAACGGCCACGCGGAGCCGUUUGGCGGCUUGUCGGGAGCGUCUUGAGAGUUAAUAACGGCACCGGGCCAUGGAGACCAGGCAAAAGGGGGGUGGGUAAACGGAUUUCUUGGAAGGGGAAAAGGCACGGAUCAUCCAGUAUCCGCCAUUGCCAGGACGGAAAUAAGAAGAGAGACCUCCAGUAUUCGCGAGGGCAGGGAGGAGAGGAGGACAGGAGCGGACGAGAUGACGGCACGGCCUCCUACGAUAACGCUACCACUCAUACCCUUUCUAUUCUGGGCGGAUCGCAGGCUGGCUACGCAGCUCUUCAGCGUGUAAUACCUUAGUUCUUUGUUUAUUUCUUUUUUUUUUCCCCUCGUGUUUGCUCCGAGCUCUCUAGCUGGCUUGACUCCUCCUUGCCCUGCGAUUUCUCUUUUUUUUUUUUUUUUUUUCCUUUUUCAUUGUAUAUAGGUUCAAGGUUUUUCAAUGGGUUGACGAGACGAGAAUUGGUGAAUGAGAUAGGACUCAGAUC